GACGAAGUGGAUGGAUACAUCUGCAUGUGCCAAGCAGGACAUUCUGGUCUCCAGUGUGAGACAAAUUUGGACGAUUGUGAUGAUGUUCUACUUAUACAUGUGAUUGCAUGAAAGGAUUUACUGGAAGAAAUUGUGAACAUGAAAUCAGUGAAUGUGCAUCAUCACCAUGUGCUGAUGGUAGCAAUUGCAUUGACAAAGUAGAUGAUUUUUAUUGUGAAUGUGCUGAUGGCUAUUUUGGAAAACAUUGUGACGAAGAAAUUGAUGAAUGUUACUCUGAACCUUGCAUGAAUGAAGGAACUUGCAAUGAUUGCGUGAAUGCUUUCAAUCGUUCUUGUCUUGUUGGAUAUUCUGGUUUGCACUGUGAGAUCAGCGAUCCUUGUUGGUCAAAUCCCUGUCUAAACGAGUCACCUUGUGUAAAGUCUGAGGACUUGAAAGAGUACUUUUGCAAGUGCAUGAAAGGAUUUGUUGGACAACAACGUGAAUAUGAAGAUAUAGACGAGGGUAGCGUUGCUAUUAGCAGUAGCAAUCAACAGACUGCAAUGAUUGCAACUAUAACUGUAGGAUCUUCAUGUGUCGUAAUUAUUGGAGUAUUGGUGGGAAUUCUAAUCAUGUUCAAGUGUGGCUAUUCAUGUUGUCGUAAGAAAGAAGAAGAGCAGCAAUACAGAAAGCUAAUGGCUUGUGAAAAAUAUGGUAAUGUGAGACAACUCCCACUGAAGGGAGCUGCUGACGGUAACGUGGAGAUUUACUUCCACUCUUAUUUCGACGGUAAUCUAAAACAAAGCAAUGGAGAUUGCUGUCUCCCUGCUGUUGGUGUUUGCUUGAAGAGCUGUGGCAACUAUUUUGAAGUGUGUUAUCGACCUGUCAAUACAACUGAACUCUUUCUGACCUGUCAGACAACUGGAGUGCUUCUCACUGCAACUGAUCCACUAUUUACAUCGCUUUCUAGCAUAACAUUUACAUUAAACCAAACGUUGGGAAAUGGUGUAAGGAACCCCAUUUCUUUGUUUUUUAAAGGUUCCUGGCCGGGUGGAUUGAAUCUGGAAGUUAAUGUGUCCAACAAUUACACAAGUCCUCCUGUAUUUAUAGCGUCAUUUGAGUAUGAGGAUAGUAGCACCAGCUAUGGAGAUUUUAGUUCACUAGUAAGUUUGAGUGAUCUCAGUAAAGAAAAAAGUCUUGAUAUGAAGUGGCGAGUGAGAUGUAGUGAUCAUUUCUACAAUGAGGAUUGUUCCAUAUUCUGUGAACCUGUGGACAAUGCCAGUGGCCACUAUGACUGUUUAUCAAACGGAACAAAGAGUUGUCUUCCAGGAUGGACAAAUCCACAAAGCAAUUGUACUACAGACAUUGAUGAGUGCAUGUCAGAUCCUUGUUACCAUGGAGGAAUAUGUUCUAAUUUAUUUGACAGCUACAACUGCAGUUGUCAGUCUGGAUACACUGGAGUCAAUUGUGAGACAGAAGUUGACGAAUGUAUAUCAAAUCCAUGCAGACAUGGAAGCACUUGUAGUGAUACUAUUAAUGGAUUUGAGUGUUUCUGCAUGGAUGGAUUUGAGGGUGUUGUAUGUGAAAGUGAAACAAACGAGUGUAUUUCAGACCCAUGCCUCAAUGGUGGUGUGUGUCUGAAUGAUGUUGGAAAGUACACUUGUGCCUGUUGGAAUGCGUAUACUGGUAUACACUGUGAAAGCGAUAUAGACAAUUGCCCAAGUGUGGAGUGUAUGAAUGGUGGCGAUUGUAAAGAUCAUGUCAACUAUUUUGAAUGUCAAUGUGCUGAUGGAUAUGCUGGCAAAUAUUGUGAACAUGAAAUCAGUGAAUGUUCUUCAUCACCAUGCUCUAAUGGAUCUUACUGUUUAGACGAGGUGGAUGGUUACAAAUGUGAUUGUGCUGAUGGAUUUUACGGUCCACAAUGCAAUAUUACACUUGAUGAUUGUGCAUCAUCUCCUUGUAUUUAUGGCAAUUGUAGUAAUGUAGCAAAUGGCUAUGAAUGUUACUGUAAACCUGGCUUUACUGGACAAAACUGUGAGUCAGACAUUGAUGAUUGUAUACCAAACAUUUGUUGCAACAAAGCAACGUGUGUUGAUCGUGUUAAUUCAUAUGAAUGUCAGUGUGCUGAUGGCUAUGAUGGUGAUCGAUGUGAACAUGAAAUCAAUGAAUGUUUGUCUAAUCCUUGUCAAAACACAGCAGUGUGUGUUGAUGCAGUUGCAAACUACACCUGCCAUUGCCUUCCAGGUUACACAGGAAGGUUAUGUCAAAUUAAUAUUGAUAAUUGUGAUGGCAUUGUUUGCAAAAACUACGGAACCUGUGUCGAUGAAGUCGACUCAUUUUUAUGUAAUUGUUCUGCUGGAUUUGCAGGACGUUUUUGUAAUUUAGAGAUCAGUGAAUGUGCAUCAUCACCUUGUGUUAAUGGAACCUGCAUAGAUAGAGUCAACAGUUACCAAUGUGACUGCUUUAGUGGCUACACUGGAGAACACUGUGAAUCAGAGUUUAACGAGUGCACGUCAUCUCCAUGCCUAAAUGGAGGAAACUGCUCAGAUAUUGUUAACGGUUAUUACUGCCAGUGUGUAGAAGGAUUUACUGGUUAUGACUGUGCAACACCUGUAAAUGAAUGUAUGUCUGAUCCAUGUCAAAAUGGAGGUACAUGUCAAGACGAACAGAAUUCAUAUGUUUGUGAGUGUGGCAUUGGAUUUAGUGGAGCUCAUUGUGAAACUAAUAAUGACGAAUGUGUGUCUCAGCCUUGUCAUCAUGGAGGGACAUGUCUUGAUGGUAUUAACAGCUACAUGUGUCGUUGUAUGCCAGGCUACACAGGCAACAACUGUGAAACAAAUAUUGAUGACUGUGCAGGAGGACGCUGUUUGAAUAACGCCAGUUGCAUUGACGAAAUCAACAGCUAUCACUGUAACUGUGUGGCCGGGUUUACAGGUGAACACUGUGAGACGAACAUUGAUGAAUGUAGAUCAAGUCCUUGUUUAAAUGAUGGGUCAUGCCAAGAUGAUGUAGAUGGAUACAGUUGUGUUUGUUCUUUUGGAUACGCAAAGAGCGAUUGUUCAAUGGAUAUCAACGAGUGUUUAUCUAACCCAUGUGAUAAUGGAGGCUUGUGCAAUGAUUCUGUGAAUGGUUACAGAUGUUCGUGUUCAUCUGGAUAUACGGGUGACAACUGCCAAACUGAUAUUGAUGAAUGCGAUUCGCAACCGUGUGUGAAUGAAGGAUUGUGUACUGAUAUGAUCAAUGGAUUUCAUUGUUCUUGUGCAGCCGGAUUUACAGGUUUUGUUUGUGGCAUAGAAAUCAACGAAUGCGAUAAGAAUCCUUGUUUCAAUGGUGGCAUUUGUUUGGAUGCAGUUGCCAACUUUAGUUGUGCUUGCUUGCUUGGAUAUAGUGGGUCGCUGUGUGAAUCAGAUUUAGACGAUUGUUUAAACGUUACAUGUUACAAUGGAGGCACGUGUCAUGAUCGAGUAAACUCAUAUGAAUGCUACUGCAUGUCGGGAUUUGCUGGGAGAGAGUGUCAAUAUGAAAUAAGUGAAUGUACUUUGCAAUCGUGCAUUCAUGGACAAUGCAUAGACCAGAUCAAUGAUUUUAUGUGUGACUGCGAUGUGGGAUAUACAGGAAAUGUUUGCCAGACUGAGAUCAACGAGUGUCUUUCUCUGCCAUGUGUGAAUAAUGGUACAUGUCAAGACAAUGUUGGUAGCCACAUUUGUGUUUGUGCAUUAGGAUACACGGGUUCUAACUGUGAGAUAAACAUUGAUGAUUGUUGUUCAAAUCCAUGUCAACAUGGUACUUGCCAUGAUAUGAUCAAUUACUACUACUGUGAUUGUGAUGAUGGAUUUAAUGGCACAGAGUGUGACAAUGAGAUAGACGAGUGUUUAUCAGAGCCAUGUCUUUAUUUCGGCAGGUGUAUCGACUAUGUUAAUGGCUUUUAUUGUGAGUGUGCUAAUGGCUAUACCGGACACAAGUGUGAGUCUGAUGUUGAUGAAUGUGCUGGUAUUAUAUGCAUGAAUAAUGGGAGUUGCCAUGAUGAUGUUGGUAGCUAUCGUUGCGAUUGUGCUGAUGGAUUCACCGGGCACCACUGUGAAGUCAAUGUAGACGACUGCAGCUCCAAACCAUGCCUGCAUGGUGGGUCAUGUCUUGACAAGGUAGGUGCAUACAUGUGUAGCUGUUCUAAUGGUUACAAUGGGACACACUGUGAAAGUAACAUUGACGAGUGUCAAUCUAAUCCUUGUCAGAAUGGAGCUACUUGCUUGGAUGAUGUUGAUGAUUAUACUUGCAAUUGCAGUACUGGAUUCACGGGUAAAGCAUGUGAAACAGACAUAGACGAAUGUGCAGUUAAUCGUUGUGUUAAUGGAGGAACAUGUAAAGACAUGGUCAACUCUCUCUCUUGUGAAUGUUUACGUGGUUAUGAAGGCUUGCUGUGUGAAAAGGAAAUUGAUGAAUGCGCUUCACUUCCCUGUCAAAAUGAUGGCAUAUGUAUUGAUGCAUUGAAUGGCUACUCAUGUGGUUGCCAGUAUGGAUACACAGGCAAGCAGUGUGAAAGUGAUAUUGAUGACUGCGUGAACGUUUCGUGUUUAAACAAUGGAACUUGUCAUGAUGGCAUAAACUCAUUUUUAUGUGACUGUUCUGCUGGAUUUGCAGGAUGUUUAUGUAAUUUAGAGAUCAGUGAAUGUGCAUCAUCACCUUGUGCAAAUGGAGGUCACUGUGUUGACAUGGAAAAUGGAUAUCAGUGCGUUUGUGCUUUUGGUUAUACAGGCAAGCACUGUCACAUGCAGGUUAAUCCAUGUGUGUCCAAUCCAUGCUCAAAUAAUGGGACAUGUGAAGAAAGGUUACAAGGGUAUGUAUGUAACUGCUCAGCUGGUUUUACAGGAAGUAAUUGCCAGAUAAACAUAAAUGAGUGUGAUUCUGAUCCCUGUCAGAAUAACGGAUCAUGUAUUGAUUUAAAUAAUGAAUACAGAUGUUUUUGUCCAGCUGGCAUUACUGGAAUAUACUGUGAGAGUGAUGUUGAUGAAUGCUUAUCGAAUCCUUGUGGUCAUGGUGGAAACUGUUCUGAUCAUCCCAAUGGGUACACUUGCAAUUGUCCUGAAGGCUACACUGGACAAAACUGUGAUCUAGAGACUGAUGAAUGCAUCGGAGUGAUGUGCAUUCAUGGUGGCACAUGUGUAGGUGGUUUGGCUGAUUUCUAUUGCAACUGCACGUCUGGAUAUACUGGAAGAUAUUGUGAAGAUGAUGUUGACGAGUGUGAACAUGAACCAUGCAAGAAUGGAGUGUGUAAAGACGAAGUGGAUGGAUACACCUGCAUGUGCCAAGCAGGAUAUUCUGGUCUCCAGUGUGAGACAAAUUUGGACGAUUGUGAUAAUGUUCUUUGUUCUAAUAGAGGAACAUGCAUGGAUGGUAUUGACAUCUACACAUGUGACUGCGCAAAGGGAUUUGCUGGAAGAAAUUGUGAACAUGAAAUCAGUGAAUGUGCAUCAUCACCGUGUGCUGAUGGCAGCAAUUGCAUUGACAAAGUAGAUGAUUUUUAUUGUGAAUGUACUGAUGGCUAUUUUGGAAAACAUUGUGACAAAGAAAUUGAUGAAUGUUACUCUGAACCUUGCAUGAACGAAGGAACUUGCACUGAUUACGUGAAUGCUUUCAAUUGUUCUUGUCUUGUUGGAUAUUCUGGUUUGCACUGUGAGAUCAGCGAUCCUUGUUGGUCAAAUCCCUGUCUAAAUGAGUCACCUUGUGUAAAGUCUGAGGACUUGAAAGAGUACUUUUGCAUUUGCACGAAAGGAUUUGUUGGACAACAAUGUGAAUAUGAAGAUAUAGACGAGGGUAGCGUUGCUAUUAGCAGUAGCAAUCAACAGACUGCAAUGAUUGCAGCUAUAACUGUAGGAUCUUCAUGUGCCGUAAUUAUUGGAGUAUUGGUGGGAAUUCUAAUUAUGUUCAAGUGUGGCUAUUCAUGUUGUCGUAAGAAAGCAGAAGAGCUGCAAAACACUCGACAUAAAAAUUCAAGUGAAACUCGAAGAACACGAACACUACCACCUUUAGCAAAAUUGGGUUCUCAUUAUUGGCCAAGAAAGGUGUCAAAUGUUGCUUCUCACUAUUAUCCAGAAGCCAGUCCAAACUGGGAUGUCACAACUUUUGUUCUGUUGGACACAUUUGGUAAGUGGGCUAACGUAAGAUUUAGAUCGGGAGCUGCUGACGGUAACGUGGAGAUUUACUUCCACUCUUAUUUCGACGGUAAUCUAAAACAAAGCAAUGGAGAUUGCUGUCUCCCUGCUGUUGGUGUUUGCUUGAAGAGCUGUGGCAACUAUUUUGAAGUGUGUUAUCGACCUGUCAAUACAACUGAACUCUUUCUGACCUGUCAGACAACUGGAGUGCUUCUCACUGCAACUGAUCCACUAUUUACAUCGCUUUCUAGCAUAACAUUUACAUUAAACCAAACGUUGGGAAAUGGUGUAAGGAACCCCAUUUCUUUGUUUUUUAAAGGUUCCUGGCCGGGUGGAUUGAAUCUGGAAGUUAAUGUGUCCAACAAUUACACAAGUCCUCCUGCAUUUAUAGCGUCAUUUGAGUAUGAGGAUAGUAGCACCAGCUAUGGAGAUUUUAGUUCACUAGUAAGUUUGAGUGAUCUCAGUAAAGAAAAAAGUCUUGAUAUGAAGUGGCGAGUGAGAUGUAGUGAUCAUUUCUACAAUGAGGAUUGUUCCAUAUUCUGUGAACCUGUGGACAAUGCCAGUGGCCACUAUGACUGUUUAUCAAACGGAACAAAGAGUUGUCUUCCAGGAUGGACAAAUCCACAAAGCAAUUGUAUUACAACUGAAGCUUUAUGUGCAAGUGAGCCGUGCCAGAACAACGGAUCAUGCAAAAUUGAGUUUGGCGAGAUUAAGUGUAACUGCAUCAUUGGAUACAAAGGAGACUAUUGUGAAACAAAUAUUGAUGAAUGCUUGUCUAGCCCAUGCCAAAACAAUGGCACUUGUCAUGAUGACGUCAAUCAAUUUAAUUGUUCUUGUAUUCAUGGUUACGUUGGAGACUUGUGUGAAACAGAGAUUGAUGAAUGUCAAUCCAGCCCGUGUAUGCAUUGUGGUGUUUGCACUGAUGGAUUAGGAUAUUUCUCCUGUCAAUGUCCACUUGGUUAUACUGGAAUGACGUGUGAAAUGGAGAUAAAUGAGUGUCAUUUAAGUUACUGCGAGAACAAUGCAACAUGUCUGGAUUUUGUUAAUGAUUAUGCUUGCCAAUGUAAGGCUGGAUACAUCGGAUAUAAUUGCUCAAUUGACAUUCAAGAUUGCAACCUGGAAUCGUGUGCAAAUGGAGGGAUAUGCAUGGACAAAGUAAAUGGAUAUGACUGUGUCUGCAGUGAGGGAUUUACAGGGAAAUUCUGUGAAUUUAAUGUAUACGAGUGUGCAUCAAAUCCGUGCAAAAAUGGUGGCAAGUGUGAAGAUCAGAUUGACUCGUUCUACUGUAACUGCAGACCAGGUUAUACUGGAUUGAUGUGUGAAUCUAAUGAGGACGAUUGCACAAACAAACACGUUUGUGAACAAGGCAGCAGUUGUGUUGACGGAGUGAAUGGAUAUAGAUGUGAGUGCCUACCAGGAUUCAAUGGGACAUAUUGCAGUGAAAACAUUGACGAGUGUGCAUCUAGUCCCUGUCUCAAUAAAGCAUCAUGUCAAGACCAUAUUGAUGGAUUUAGCUGCAGUUGUUUAGAUGGAUACACAGGUGUACAGUGCGGUCUAAACAUAAACGAAUGUUCAUCUUAUCCUUGCCAACAAGGAGCAACGUGUUAUGAUCUUAUUGGAGGUUUUUAUUGUGGCUGCAUGACAGGAUAUAUAGGAUCUCGCUGUGAAAUAGAUGUAGAUGACUGUAAUCCAAACCCAUGUUUGCAUGGAGGGACAUGCAGCGACAAGACUAAUAGUUUUACAUGUUCAUGUUUGCCCGGAUUUAGUGGCUUGAGUUGUGAGCAGGAAAUUGAUGAAUGUUUGUCGAAGCCGUGUGAAGCUGGGAUUUGUGUAGAUGGCAUUAGUGGCUAUCAGUGCCAUUGCAUAUCAGGAUUUACAGGCAAACACUGCGGUACUAAUAUAGAUGAGUGUCAAGGUGUGGUCUGCAGGAAUAAUGGAACUUGUGUUGAUGGCAACAACACGUUUCACUGUGAAUGUGCAUUUGGGUAUGCUGGAACAGAGUGUGAACACGAAAUCAGUGAGUGUUCGUCGUCACCUUGCAAAAAUGGAAAAUGCAUUGACAGAAUAAACGGGUAUGACUGUUGGUGUGACGAAGGAUAUGAUGGAGAUUACUGCAAUAAUGAAUUAGACGCGUGCUUAUCUAAUCCUUGUGCUAAUGAAGGUACCUGCAUAGACAUGGUUGGAAACUACACUUGCACUUGCUCAGAACACUUCAUCGGUUCUCAUUGUGAGAUCAAGGAUCCAUGUUUUCCUAACCCUUGCGUACAUAACGGGACAUGCCAUAAACAGCUAUCUUCCAACUGCAGUUCUCUCAAUUACAAGUGUACUUGCCUCAGUCUAUUUACAGGCAGUGAUUGCCAACACAAUAUAAGUGACAACAUGACAUCCAACAUUGAUCUGAUUUUGAUUGACACAACUGAGGGUCCAGAUGUUGUAAACCUUGGCAAGUCAUCCGGCGAGCUUGAAACUGGCAGCAUCGUUGCAAUAGCAGUCGGAACGAUCUCAGUGAUAGUUAUUGUUUGCCUGACUAUUGUUGUGAUAUGGAUACGAACUGGACAGUCUUCUGUUGACAAGCCAAAUAAACUCCCAAACAGGCAAAAGCGCAAGAAUGCCGCCACCACUCCUUCCCCACUAAUUAGAGAAGGAGCCAGUCUGAGUGACAGUUUCUCCAACUCCAAACAGUGGCCAGAGACGAGGUCAUCGGUUCCUAACCUGCAGCGACCUCGGUUCUCGUUUGGACACUAUUUCCCAGACGACAGUCAACCAAACUGGGACAUCAAAUCAAACAGUACAACCGAGAUGUAAAAUUUGACUCGAAAUCAUGACUCAUGUUAGCAAGGCAACUAAUUAACGGAACAAAACAGGAAUGUUUUAAAUAGAAAGUUAUCCACAUUUCAACAAAUACUUGCCAAUACCAGUGUCCAACUAGUGACUCAUGCUUGCAUGGCUUCUAAAUAUCCUGGGUGGGUCAAUGACAAUGUC